AUGUCUAAACCUGCUGUUGCUGCGCAGAUUGUGCGCUUGCUUGUACCAGCCGGAAAGGCUGCUCCAACCCCGCCUGUCGGGCCUGCACUCGGUGCGCGUGGUGUCAAGUCGAUGGAUUUUUGCAAAGAAUUCAACGCACGAACAGCUCAUAUGGAGCCCGGGAUCCCCACUCCAACAUUGAUUACGGUCCAACCAGACCGUACUUUUACGUUCGUUACCAAGACCCCACCCACUUCGUAUUUUUUGAAGAAAGCUGCAGGAAUCGAAAAAGGGACGGCAAGGCCAGGGCAUGAUUGGGUUGGGACCUUGACAUUGAAGCACAUCUAUGAGAUUGCCAAGAUUAAGGCAACCGAUGAGCACAUGAAACACAUCGGACUAGAGGGUAUCGCCAAAUCUAUAGUUGGGAGCGCACGCACGCUUGACACCACCGAUAUCACCAUGGCUCCCAAGUCGAAGGCAUCUGCCGCCGGCGUAAAGCACAAAUUUUUUGUUGAUUACUCUCGCCCUGCUGGCGACGGUGUAUUUGACGCUGCUGCAUUCGAGGACUAUCUCCGUGGUCGUAUCAAGCUCGAGGGAAAAACUGGCCAACUUGGUGAUAAGGUCAAGAUCACUCGUGACUCCAAGAAGCUCACUAUUGCAUCGACCGUUCCUUUCUCCAAGCGUUAUGUCAAGUAUUUGACACAGAAAUUCUUGAAGAAGAAUUCGCUCCGUGACUGGAUCAGGGUUGUCGCUACUUCUAAGGAUGGUUAUGAGCUUCGCUUCUACAAGAUCGACGGUCUUGGUGAUGAAGACGAAGAUGCAUGA